AUAUCGUGUCUGACCAAGACGCCAAGAGACGAGCAUAUGAGAUGCAAAAUACAGCACAGCAGUAGGGCGGACUCGACACGUACACACCCCCUCGUCACGUGUCCUGGACGUUACCCACGCUGCGUGACCAUGGACCUUCGCCAUCGGCGCUGCGGGCUGGUUGCCGCGGCGGGAGCGAUGGCCCUUCUCGCCAACAAAGUAGCGGAUGUGCAAGGCUUUGCCUUCAGCUUGCAGCAGAAGUCGGCAGCGUCAGCAGCUUCGGCUACCGCUGUUGGGCGCAGCAGGGCUGCUGCUGCCCCCACGCGGGAAGUUUGCGCAAGGAGCGGCGGGAGGGGUAGGCCCGUCGCUGCCACGUCGUGGAGCUCGCGCCGCACGCGAACGGCGUUGAGAAUGGCAUCCGAGGAAUCCGCGAAUUCUUCAGGGGGCGGAGCAACAGCGGCGGAGGCGAUCCCUCCAGAAGACGGAGGAGCCGGGGAAGGGAUCGGGGGCGCGAAGGAGGUGUUUGCAGAGACGGCGCAGUCGGAGAAGCUCAGGCUGACUGCCGAGAAGCUCAAGCUGCAGGCGGAAAAGCUUCGGCUGGAGGUGGAAAAGGAGCAGCUGAUGUUGCAGGCAGAGAAGCUGCAAGAGAAGGAGGCGUUGGAAAGGAAGCAAGACGCGCUGAUCGGGAAGCUGCGCGAGCUGAACGGGCGGGACGAGGAGCUGACGGCGUUGGUGAAGAAGGAAAUCAAGAAGGUGAACGCCGACUUGUUCAUGCGGUUGGCGGACGUGGCGGAGACGACGCUGGAUGUGGAGGAAAGGAACAGUCUAGUGUCGCUAAGCGAGGAUGUCAUGCGGGCGCUGGACAGGGUGGAUAAGACGAAGGCGCUCAAGGUUUCCAAGGGAAUCAAGGAAAUCUUGGACAGGGCGGAGGAGAUCGAGAAGGCCACAAGGGCACGGGCUGCGGCACAAGCAUUAGUUCAGGUGCCCAAAACGCGUCCUAUGGGACGAUCUCCGAGAACCUGUCGGCGAACAAGGGGAAGGAGGGGGAGUGUGGAGGACAUGCUCGACCUGCAGGCUCUGCCGUCCUCCAAGAUGCGGGACCUCAGAAAUCUCGCGGGGAUGGGCGGGGCGGGAGGAGGAAACAGCACCGCGGAAGGUCUCCCGAUGGUUCUGUCGGACGCGAUGAACGUGAUGUUUCUCCCGCUCUGGGUACCCACGUCGCUGCUCAAGUUCGUGGGGUCGGCGCCGGCCCUCCUUGAGGCUGACAUCGAGACCGUCAAGUCGGACGUGCUGGGGAUGGAAACGUUCUACGUCACCGGGAUGGAGAAGUCUCCCUUUGCGGCACUCUACAAGGGCAACAUGAGGGGAAAGAGCAGCGAGGAGGUGUUCGAGGCGGUGACGGCGAAGCUCGAGUCCAUCCCCGGGCUCUCAGACCGCGUGCAGCUCUUCCUCAUGGAAGACCCCACUCCGCUCACGCCCGAACAGGCUGUUCAGAUGGGCGACAAGCCGGUGGACCCUGUGUUCAUGCUGAUCUCGAAGGAGGCCAAGCCUGGGCAGACGUCGAAGGUGAUCAGCAUCAGCGGGACCGCGAUCACCUUCAUGGGCACGGCCUUCACUGCCUUCGCCUACGGCAUCGGAAACUUCGCGCUCCGCCCGGGGUUCUAUGAGAAGAUCAACGAGGGAGACGUGGCGGUGGCGGGAAUGGCCAUCCCAAUCAUGAUGGGGGUGCUGACUUUGCAGUUCAUUCACGAGAUCGGUCACCGAGUUAUGGCGGGGAGCAAGGACAUCAAGAUGGGACCGCCGAUUUUCAUCCCGUCUCUGCAAACUGGUUUGUUCGGUGCGAUCACGCCUCUGCUAUCCUUCCCGAAGAACCGCAAGGACUACUUCGACGUGGCAUCGGCGGGGCCCUUGUUGGGCACUUUCGUGUCUCUAGCGGUGUUCAUCGUCGGCAUCAUGAUGACCGGGUCGGCAACUCCUGAGGCGCUGGAGAUGUUCCCGCUCGUUCCUGCGGGUCUGUUCCACAGCUCUCUUCUCGUGGGGAUCAUGACCUCCAUAGGUCUGCCGAACGUCAUGGGGCUGGCGGUCGCAUCGACUGUUCCAAUUCACCCGCUGGCGAUCGUGGGCGUGACGGGAAUCAUCGUGAACGCGCUCAACCUGAUGCCGAUCGGGAGCCUCGACGGGGGCCGCAUCGCCAUGUCUGCCUUCGGGCGGAAGGCCGGGGGUGUGCUCGGGACUGUCACUCUGCUGCUUCAGGCGAUAAGCUCGGUAUUCAACAACUACUCGUUGCAGCUGUUCUGGGGUCUCCUGGUGAUCCUCUUCCAGAGGGGUCAAGACUUGCCGGCUAAGGACGAGCUAACCGAGGUGGGAGAUGGGCGAAUCGUCACGACGGGCCUCCUGCUGUUCUUCUCCCUCAUCACCCUAAUACCCUUCCCAGAAGUCACCCAGGUCCUCUAAGCCUGUUCUGAACCUCAGAACCAGCGCGAGGGGAAGUCGGCGUUCGUCGGUGUGGACUUAGGUCGUUCUUGGCUAAUUGGUUUUUGGUGGCCGGCCCCUCGAGUUUCACCGUAACGACCAUCCCGAUAAACCGACCCGUUCGUUCAUCAAGAGUUUCCGCGAACGGCGGGAGCUAGGUGUUGCUCUUUAUCCCUCUCAUUGGGUGUACGUUUCGGAAGCACAUGAAAGAAAUAUUCUCGGACGUCAUGUUUGUUCCCCUGCCUGUGGUACAUGUUUUUUGGCUAAAACGGGGGUGGUAUCAAUCAUUCCGCGAGAAAUGACGACUUCGCUCGGCGCGUUGGAAGUCCGUGCGGCCCUUCUUCUUUACCUUGCUGUAGCCCCUGGCUGUUCGUUGUUCGAAUUCGCGCCGUGUUGCUUCUUGGGGUGGGGUUGGGCUUGCGUGUCUCGACUGAUAGCCGCUGCGGUGGCGGCGAACGCGGUCGUGGGUCUGUGGUUGAUGGAUGCGGGUGGGAGCGCUCCCGGACUUGGUUAUGCGGUACGGACACACGCAUGGCCCGAUUGAAAGCCUCGCGUCUCGCCUCGCCAAGCAUUCUUCUGUGCAGUCUGUCUGAUUCCAAGUAUUCGUAUUACAGGCCGGCCGUCGCCGCUGUUUUGGAAGACUGAUCUUUGUGAGCAAUCCCGGACCAGCAGCAAGUUCAUUGACCACGUUCAUCUAGAAGUUGAUGCGGCUGAAACAUUACAACAUGGGGCGAACAGUUUUAGAGACACGGAAACGGGCAGAGAGGCCACCAGUAAGGGGUGAGGUGUUGGGCGAGAAACAGACGAGCGCCAAUUUGGCUUUCCUCGGUAUAUGUAGUGUUGAUUUCACGGCAGCCGGGACUGCCUUACGUCUCUAGUAAAAGAACACCCGGGUCGGAGGUGGGAGACGCAAGGGACAGAGAUGGCUAGACGUAGAAAGAGCCCAGAUGUGCGGCGGAAAUGAAGUAGAUGGUCUCAGUGGCGUUGGCUGGCGGAGAAGGUGGAUGGUGCGCGAGUGCGUUCCGUAUGUACUUCACCCCCGCACCGAUCGGCAUGUCCGUCCGGAGGACAUCGAUUCCAGUGAGAGGAACGAUCGGACCUCAUCGGCUUGGGUGUUGUCCGUCGCCCGCUGCAUGUGGAGGUAGUCGGUGGUGGUGAAGUGCAAACCGUCGUAUGCACUCUGUGUAUCAGGAGGUAAAUUUCAUGCAUAGAGCUCUAUCACACGACGAAUGUUGGUAACCUUGAGUUUUGUUCUUGCUCUUCUCUAGACUUGGGGUCGAAUCUCUCCGGCGUGACCCCCCCCCACAAUGUGCAAGUGGAAAGACACAUUGUCGGAAGAACAUACGACAAAAUAAGGGUCUUGUUUCUGAAUCCUCC